AGAGACGAGGAUGGACAAACUUCUUCUGAGCAUCGUCGUGUCAGGGCUGUGUGCCGUCUCAUCACCUGCUGAACGUCGCUACCAUUUUGUUUAUGACCUGAAGAACAUGACUGAAGCACAGCGUCACUGCAGAGAGACAUACAGCGACCUGGCCACCAUACGGGACAUGGAGGACGUGAACACCCUGAACACAAUGGUGCAUUCAAGCCAAAUGGUGGACGACAGCUCUCAAGCCUGGAUAGGACUGUACGAUGACGUGGACAGCUGGAGGUGGUCACUGUCAAACACAAGUUUCUACAAACCCGGAGAGACAGAGUUCAGACGAUGGUGGCCUGAUAUACCGAACAACUUCUACGGUGAAGAAUACUGUACAUAUAUGUAUACAGAUGGGUACUGGAACGACUACCCUUGUAAUGAACGCUUUAAGCCAGUCUGCUUCGAUGUCAGAGGACUGAAUGAGACAUUUGUCCUCAUUAAGAACACCAUGACGUGGACUGAGGCCCAGAGCUACUGCAGAGAACACCACACAGACCUGGCCAGUGUGAGAAACAUGGAAGAGAUCCAGAAGGUCCAGAAGCUGGUAACCUCAGGACAAUAUGUCUGGAUCGGCCUUUUCAGAGAUGGAUGGAAGUGGUCUGAUGGAAGUGACUCCUCAUUUAGAAACUGGAAAACUAGACCUACUGGUGUCUCUAAGACUUGUGCAGCAGCAGAUUUUAGUGCCAAUGGACAAUGGGAGGGCUUGAACUGUGACGUCAUGAGAGCGUUCAUUUGCUACAGUGUUCCUGUUUCAAUGCAAGUGAUUAAAGUGAGGGUGCAGAACAACAGCUCGUCUCUGGAUCUGAAUGACGCUGUGGUGAUGGAGAACCUCUUGAAGAAGCUCAAACAGAGGCUGAAGGACCAGGGGCUGAAUGACGACAUCAAGCUGAGCUGGAAGAAGCAGUCGGAUGGAAAAGUCUUCCACAAGGAAGAGAAGAAGACAAAGAAGAAGGAGACGUGUCCAAAUAAAGAUGAGCUUUAAUGGUGUUUGAAUCCACUCUGGUCAGAGGCUUCCUUUAUCAUCCUCCUCCUCCUCCUCUUCCUCUUCUUCUUCUUCCUCCUCUCAAUCAAUGGUAGAAAGUACCAAAGUACCUAAGUACUGACCCUUUGCUGUGAAGUAACGUCUUUACAUUUCAUGCUACUUUAGACUGUUACUCCACUACAUUGAUCUGUCAGCUAUAGGUUCUACACUCUUAGAAAUAAAGGUUCCAAACAGGUUCUUCCUGAAGGGCUGAGGUUCUACCCAGAACCAUUUGCUUCUGAAGAACCUUUUCCUUCUUCAAGAGUUUCUGAAAGCACAGGUGUUAAAAAAAGCCAGAAAUGUGGGUUGUGCUGCACCAUGUCAGCCCCGGUUCUUUAUCAAUCUCAUGAGGAACCCAUAGUGAGUUCUAGAUGGAACCUGUGGGAUGCAAAAGGGUUCCUGGUGGAGACACGCAGGUGGGAUCUUGUUUGCAACCUUAGAAGGUGGAAAUGUUCUGCAUAGAACCUCCAGAGAAGAUUUUGGGUGAAACCGUGACACCAUAUGAGGGUUCUCUGUGGAACCUUUGGGUGGAAACUUUCACAUAUGGUUCUAGGUAAAACUAUUUAUGCUUCGUUUUAGGUAGAACCCUCUGAAAAGGUUCCAGGUGGAACCUUUAAAGGUGCAUUAAUGUUCUACUGGAAACGAGCUGAAGACCCCUCCAUGGUUCUAGUUAGCACAUUUGUUUCUAAGAGUGUAGUUUCUUUGCACACUUGGAUAUUUAAUAUAAAGUGUGUGAUGAGCUUAUUAAAUAUGAUGCUUUGUUUUGUAGAAUCUCAACCUGCUGCAGCGUUAAAAUGCUACUUACAUGUUAAUCAGUAAUAAUGAUCCAAUAACAUGUUUAUGAUAGUAUAGCUCUCUAUCAGAGUUCAUUCUGCAUCAUGAGGACUGUUUCUCUUGAUCAUGAAGAACUU